AUGGACAUCGUAACGACAGCAAACUUUCAUGCAACGCUCUUGCCAGGUCAUGUAAGUGUUGUGUUUGUACCGGCUGAGCACAUUCGUCACGGUACUUGGCCAUUGCUCAAUCUGUUGCUCUACAGUGGCUGCAGCUUUGAUGAGACUGAGAAUAGUUGCGUACGCAAGGAGAGCCACGUGUGUCGCUCGAUGCAGACAGAGAUCUUUUCUAUCGUGUCCGAUCGAGAGGGUGCCACGCUUUUCAUGGACCCUAGUGGAAUUGAAAUGUUUAAGCGCGCGGGGAUGGGGAACUUAAUUACCAUCGCGCCGCUGUCUUGGCGAGCUGUUCAGAUUCACUUGGGAUCUAUGGUGGUAGAAUUUCCUGGUGUCGUGAGUUUCCUGUCCAAGCUGCUUGCGGAUGACCACAUUAGUAUUCUCAACAUGAGCACAUACGACACAGACGUCAUUUUCGUGCAAGAAGAGGACUUGGAGGCUGCGAUUUCGUGCUUGCAGUCAAUGCUAUCUCGAGGAUUACACGGCCUGAAGGAGGCUAAGGACGCAGAUAACGCACUGUUUAACCGUAAAUCGACGUCACCACCAGAUGCCGUGGAAGGUAGUGAGAAAGCGUGUAUUCCAGUGCCUCUUUGUGUCGGAGAUGGACAGUACCUUACAGUGUAUCCGGAGCCCCUCGUUCUCGUGAGACUUCAGAAAGACGCUCUUCGGUCUAGUGCUUACGGGCUCACGCAGCUCGUGCUGUUGUAUACUGGACCAGCAUCGAGGGAAGUUGAAGGUGAAGUGCUGCACGAAACAGGCGGGAUGUCUUUCUGGUGCUGCUGCGAGACAGCCGAGGAGGUGAGCAUUAUCAUGGAUGAGCGCUGUGUGCCAUCAUUCGAGGAAGACUCGCUGAUCGUAUCACCAGACCGGUGGCGUGCGAUUAAGCUUAGUGGGCGUGCGUAUGGUUUCGAUGAGACUGGUGUGGUGGCAGCAAUGUCGGGCUGCAAUACGGAUACGCAGGUACUUAACGUGAGCUGCUACGGCUCUAACAUUGCAUUCGUGCUUGACGACAUGCUGGACAAUGCCAUCGAUACCCUUUGCUCAUCGCUCGACAUCUCUCGGGUGGAAAGAUGGACAUCAUGA